AUGAGUGCCACAGAGGGGACCAGAGAGGCCUAUAAUGUUGAUAUCACACGAGGACAGACAGGACACAGCACCCCCAGCACUGAUUACCUCAACCAGAAGAGACUGGUGGAUCUCUUGUUGGAGUGUGUGUCCCAAGGCACUGCCAUGGCAGUGGAGGUUUGCUUGAGUAUUCAGUCAUACAACACUCCACCCUCAGACAAGCAGUGGAGUCCCCUACCCCCUCAUGGAGUCAGGACACCCCAGUCGAAGUACACGUUGGUGGGGGAGGUGAUACGUCACGUCAUCCCUGGAGCCACACAAUGCUCCAUAGGGUGUGGAGGUCAGAACUGCAAGUAUGAGAACCCUGACCGCUGGAGCAAGGACAAGCAGGCCAUCAAAGGCCUCUACUCCUCCUGGGUCACGGAAAACCUACUUGCCAUGGCCAGGCCCUCUACUGUAUUAAUAGAAAAAUACAACAUUAUUGACCAAUUUAAAAGAUGUGGCCUGAAGACAGUGAUAAACCUGCAGAGACCUGGGGAACACGCCAGCUGUGGUCCUAAUGCACUGGAAUCAGAGAGUGGAUUCUCCUACCAACCUGAGGUCUUCAUGGAGAACAACAUAUAUUUCUACAACUUUGGUUGGAAUGACUAUGGGGUGGCCUCCCUCACAUCCAUCCUUGACAUGGUGAAGGUCAUGUCCUUUGCGAUGCAGGAGGGGAAAAUGGCUGUCCACUGUCAUGCUGGUCUGGGAAGAACAGGUGUGUUGUUAGCGUGUUACCUGGUCUUCGCCACCAGGAUGACCGCUGACCAGGCCAUCGUGUUUGUGCGUUCCAAACGACCCAACUCCAUCCAGACCAGAGGUCAGCUGUAUUGCGUGCGGGAGUUUGCCCAGUUCCUGGUCCCUGUCAGGAGUAUCUUCUCCUGCGCUGAGCCCAGGACUAACCCCAUCACCCUGUCCCAGUUCCUGACCCGCCAGGGACACAUGCUGCAUGGCUAUGAGCGGCGGGAGCUCAGGCACUUGCCCAAGAUUAUCCAGGUGAUCUGCAAGCUGCUGCUGGACAUUGCUGAGAACCGGCAGGUCAUCGAGGAGGACAUGCUGGACAUCCCUGACAUGACGGCCGAGGAGGAGAUAGAGUUUGAGCGCUAUCGUGACUUUGGAUUCACCAAGGGAAGCUUCGGGGGAGGCGGCCUCGGAGGGCAGCCCCGCUUACCGGGACCCCCAACCAAACCCCGGCACGCCAACGAACCGCCCCUGUUCUACCAUCGCAAGAGCCUGAGCUACAGCGAGUCGGACCUGCGGAGGCUGGGCUCUGAGCUGAACCUGCCGACCCUACCCCUCUCCAACUCGCUGUCCGCUUGCAACAUGUCUGUGGCCUGUUCUCCCUCCCUGAACUCCCUGCCUAGGACCCCGGCCACAGGCAGCCCCAUGGGGCCCAGGCAAAUAACCACCACCUACGGCUCCCAAGAUGGAUCCCUCUGGGAGCAGAAGAGCCUCGCGGAGGGAUCACCGCUCCUAAAGAAGACACAGAAAGCCUGCCAGCGCAGCGAGUCCGAGUGCAACCCCGAGAAGAAAGGGUAUAGCAGCAUGCUGUUUCGGUGGAAGAAGGAGCAGAGGGACAAGUUAGCGUACAAUGGUGAUGUGUCUCAGAUAGAGGAGUCAGAGGUGCCCUUCAUCACCAUCCAGACAGAGCUGUCCAAGGAGGCCAGGCAGCUGCUGGUGGCCCAGGCCCUGGCUGUGGAUCUGGAGCUGGACGGCGAGGAGGAGCACAGGGAGAGACUACAAGCCUGGCAGUCAGAGUUGAACAUGGGAGGGGCAUGGGAGAGGCUGUGUACAUUGGAGAAGGACCCGUUUGUGCUGUCUGGGCUGAUGUGGACCUGGCUGGAGCAGCUGAAGGAGCCAGUCAUCUCCGUCGAGGAUGUACAGAAUCUGGACCAUAACAACAGUGACCCUGCAAACUCAGAGGCUGUCUUCAAACCACUGGACCAGGCUCCCAGGGAGAUGUUAGUGUGCAUUCUGGACUGUAUGGCUCAUGUUCUCACAAUUCCAGAGGAGGUGGAGGCUGCUUUCCUGGAGCGCACCAUCAAGGCUUUCACAAAGAUGGGAAAAGGCUCAGCGGUGUAUCCGGCCAUGACAGAGAUCCUUAGGCUGGUCCUACACGACAUGAGGUUUAUUGCCAUAGAGGAGGAUGAGGUACCAGAUAUGGCGCCCAUCCCUACUGUACUGAUCCCAUAAACCUGGGGUAUUCUGUCCCAGACCAUCGCUUGCUAUAUUAAAACAUAUGUUGUGCCUUC